CUCCAUUUAGGUUAACAGAUAUAUGUAAGACUGACUCCAGAACAGCAGUUUUCCGCCGUGUAUCAUAUCCUGAUCAUAUCACGUUUUGUAAACUUACCGGCGCUUCCUCGUUACAGAAGCGGUACUGUCAAGGUCCAGACAUGGCCAUGAGUGUUUUAUAUCAAAGCCUGGGAUGCCGGUUGUUUCACAGUAACGUUAAACUCUUAAGAACAUGUACGCAGCAGACCCAGACCGUCAGACUUGCACACAAUGUUUUCCAGAGAGAAACAGAGUUGUCACCGCGGAGACUUCACUGCUGCCUGGUGAAUGUGAGAGCAGCACAAAGGCUGUAUCAACACCCAAGAAUCUUUUCCUCUUUACCUCCACCGCCUAAAUCAGGGAAGAAAGAGAAGAAGUCUGUGCCUGUGACAUGGAAAUCUUUAGCAAUAACGUUUGCUAUUGGAGGCAUUGCGCUUGGAGCAAUGAAAUAUUUGAAGAAAGAAAAGGAAGAAAUGAUAGAAAAAGAGCGGACUAAGUCCAUCGGGCGCCCGGCGCUGGGAGGUCCGUUCUCGCUCAUCGAUCACAACAACAAGCCCUCCAAGAGCGAGGACUUCCUGGGGCAGUGGGUCCUCAUCUAUUUCGGGUUCACUCACUGCCCCGACAUCUGUCCGGAUGAGAUAGAGAAAAUGAUCGAAGUGGUGGAUGAAAUAGAUAAAAUAAAAUCGAUUCCAAAUCUGACGCCGCUCCUCAUCACCAUCGAUCCUGACCGGGACACACCAGAGGCCAUGGCUGAAUAUGUGAAAGAGUUUUCCCCAAAGCUGAUUGGCCUGACGGGAACACUGCCUCAGAUCGAGCAGGUUUCCAGAGCCUACAGAGUUUAUUACAGUCAGGGACCAAAGGACGAAGACAACGACUACAUUGUCGAUCACACCAUCAUCAUGUACCUCGUGGGACCCGAUGGGGAGUUUGUGGAGUAUUUUGGACAAAACAAAAGAAAUGUGGAGAUCAGCAACUCCAUAGCAGCAUAUAUGAGGAAGUACAAAAAGGCAAAGUGAGCCGCAGCACCUAAAGCCCGCUGCGGACUGACAGAUUCUGUCCUCAGGUGUUUGUUUGAUUUAACUAAUCAAUACUGCCAUCUUAUAUUGGCUCCCUGUAUUUAUUUUAAUGCUUUUCUACAAAUAUAAUUGGACUGCAGAACAUUCCUUUAAUGAGUGCUGUGCAGAAGAAUGCAUUUCAUUAGGGAUGUCACAAUACUAGAAAGGAUGUAGUCAAUACCAAUACAUGUUAAAUUGCACUAAAUUCAAUACAACAGUAAAACACGGAAAAUAAUUAUGCCUCACCAUACACUCCUUUAUUAAAUACUGGUCAUAAUCUCCUUUCAAAUAUGGGUUUUAUAUUGCUGUUUCAUAUACGCACCAUAGUGCAACUUGUUCAUGCUAAUAGCUAAUGCCAAUGUUAACUUCCCAUUUCAUCACAGAGAUAUUGUUCACAUUAAGACAUUUCAGGAAAGAAUAAGGAUCUAGCCCAUCCCAAAAAUAAGAUGCAUCCAAUACAUUGAGUUUACUGUGUCCCAAAAAUAUUUUCGAUUUCCUAGAUAGCAUUAUUCCCGAGCACUGAUGUUACCGUUGGUAAGAACAAAGAAACGUCUUUUUUUCUAGAUUUGUUGCAUUGACUUGUUACUAAAGGAUCUGUUCUUGUGACAUCCCUACAUAUCAUAAUGCUGCAGAAAGAAAAAAGGAGCUUUAAAUGCCUUUACUGUUUGAAAAUAAAAUCACUCUUCAGCUCCACAAGCUUAAUAUCUCUGAUUUCUGGUGCAAAUAAUGAGGAAAUACCUGUAGAUUAUUGUUGUUUGAUUUUGUGAUAAAAUCUGGAAAACUG